UCUACCAUGUAGUCACAACAUCCAAGCAGUGCUCGAGGGGAGUUUCACACUGGCAGUGCACUUGAAGGAAUGCGGUAAACUUGUCUCAUGACUUGACAUUCGUUAAAGAAGGGUCUUCCAAAUCUAGAGGUUGACUGGACACCUGAUUCCCUCAAAGUACCGUGAUUGGCUCCUGAAAGAUGUCUUCUAUAGAUCCCUAUCAGUACAUUGUGGUGGAACACCAGUAUUCCCAUAAGUUCAAAGUGACUGUGGUACGAGCUGAGAAGGUGACCAAGGGUUCUACCCUGGGAGACUUUUUGGACACUCCAGACCCCUACGUGGAGUUGUUCAUCCCAACCACUCCAGACUCAAGAAAACGGACGCGGCACAUUGACAAUGACAUCAACCCCAUAUGGAAUGAGACCUUUGAGUUCAUACUGGACCCCAAUCAGGAAAACACUCUAGAGUUGACAUUGAUGGAUGCGAACUAUGUCAUGGAUGAGACCCUGGGAACGGCCUCGUACUCCAUUGCUAAACUCAAAGUGGGACAACCAGAAGUGGUUCCAUUCCCCAUUGGCAAGUUAACCAAGGUGUACUUGGAGAUGUCGUUAGAGGUGUGUUCAUCCACAGACCUACGGUUCAGCAUGGCCCUGUGUGACCAGGAGAAGCUGUUCAGACAGACACGCAGAGACCGGGUGAUGCUGGGCAUCAAGAAACUACUCAACAUGGAGAAAGGACAACACCUCCCCACCUCAUUAAGAGAGGUCCCUACAAUCGCCAUCGUGGGGUCAGGGGGAGGGUUCAGAGCCAUGGUGUGUUUCUCUGGAGUGAUGAAGGCUCUGUAUGAGUCUGGAGUUCUGGACUGCGCUACCUACGUGGCUGGACUUUCUGGAUCUACCUGGUACAUGUCUACGCUGUACUCCCACCCUGAGUUCCCUAAGGGUAAGGGUCCAGGGGAGAUCAACCAGGAGCUGAUGAGGUGUGUGAGCAGUAACCCACUGAGGCUGCUGCUGCCCCAGAACAUCAAGCGCUACAUCAAGGCCCUGUGGAGAAAGAAGGCUGCCGGGCAGCCCGUCACCUUCACCGACAUCUUCGGCAUGCUCAUCGGGGAGACGCUAAUGCCCGGGAGGAUGGACUUCAAGCUGAGCCACAUGCAGAAGACUGUGAGCGAGGGUCAGAGCCCAAUGCCUCUCUUCACCUGUCUGCACGUCAAGCCAGACGUCUCAGAACUCAUGUUCGCUGACUGGGUGGAGUUUACCCCGUACGAGAUUGGCAUGGCCAAGUAUGGUACCUUCAUGUCCCCGGGCCUGUUUGGCAGUAAGUUCUUCAUGGGCAGCGUGGUAAGACAGUACGAGGAGAAUCCCCUGCAUUUCCUCAUGGGGGUGUGGGGCAGUGCUUUCUCCAUCCUCUUCAACCGGGUCAUGGGGGUCAAAGGGACCACUGGAGGUAGCACCAUGGAAGAGGAGCUUGAGCAAAUAAAGCCUCAGCACAUUGUGGGUGAGGAGACGCAGGAAAAUGAGGACGAGCCAAGAAAAGCGGGUGGAACAGAAAACCAGGAGGCAGAGGAAGAGCUCCAGCGUAAUGCCCAGGCCAGCUGGACCAGCAGGAUGUUCACCUCCCUGGUGGGGGAGUCAACCCUCUUCAACACCCGUGAGGGCAGAGCCGGAAAGGUGCACAACUUCAUGCUGGGGCUCAACCUCAACUCCUCCAUGCCUUUCUCCCCCUUCAACAACCGAUCAUACACACACCACAACCUGGAGGAGGAACAGGACGCCGUCACAGACCCAGAUGAGUUUGACCGCAUCUACGAGCCGCUGGACGUGAAGAGUAAGAAGAUCCACAUAGUGGACAGUGGUCUGACCUAUAACCUCCCGUACCCACUCAUCCUGCGGCCGCAGCGUGGCGUCGACCUCAUAAUCUCCUUCGACUUCUCAGCCCGCCCCAGUGACUCCAGCCCACCCUUUAAGGAGCUCCUGCUAGCUGAGAAAUGGGCUCGCAUGAACAAGCUUCCCUUCCCAAAGAUCGACCCCAAAGUGUUUGACCGUGAGGGCCUCAAGGAGUGUUAUGUCUUCAAACCCCGCAAGGAAGACAAGUGCUGCCCCACCGUCAUCCAUUUUGUACUGGCCAACAUCAACUUCAGGGAAUUCAAAGCUCCCGGAAUCCCUCGAGAGACGGAUAAAGAGAAGGAGUUUGGUGACUUUGAUGUCUUCGACGACCCCGAGAGUCCGUACUCCACGUUCAACUUCCAGUACUCCAACCAGGCCUUCACCCGCCUCCACGACCUCAUGGAGUUCAACACGCUCAACAACAUUGAGGUGAUCAAGGAUGCGAUAAUGGACAGCAUCAGCCAGAGACGGGAGAACCCCUCACGCUGCUCCGUCUCCAUCUCACUCAAUGAGAUUGAAAACAAGAAGUUCUUGAAACGGAACGUCAGCUCAGCUAAGCUUCCCAUAUAACUUCACCAGAGACACCUUUCUAUAUCCAUGACAAGACCUGGAGGUUAAGUGUUUUGAUAGAACAAAACGUUACAGCUCUAAGAACAGAUAAGAAUGGUAACCAACCUAUCCUUGUAGCUGCAAAGCUUAUCUCUGUUUGAAUGGGAUAUAUGCCUCACUUCAAGCUAGCCUGGUCUCAGACCUGUUUGUGAUUUCUUGCCAACUCACGACAAUGGCCAUGGGAGUUUGAAAGACAGUACAAACUGAUCUGAGACCAGGGUGACUUAAAGCAACUAUGCAGCCUCUUCUUUUGAGCUCUGUAUGACUAUUGUUUGGGAGAGGAUGCAGCACAUCUUGUUCUGUAUAUUCCUGGCCUAGCAUCUGGGGUGGUGUGGUUAAUCUUUAAACGGGUCGCUCACUCUCACACACACAAGGACACACACACUCCAUGCAGCAGGCAGAGGAGAGAGGAGAGAUCACACCUGGGAAUGCAUGUUUGUGUGAAGGCCUGCCUAGCGAUGCAAUGUAUCUCUGGCAGGGGUCAGUCGAGGCGUGGCGUUGUCAAGGGAUGAACAUUUACUUCUAAAACGGAUUUUACUGACUCACGUAUUUGCUGCAGAUCCAAACUUGAAAUAUCUGUAGUUGAAUUAGAAUGACUCCUUACCAAUGUAACUAUCUUUACCGGUUUCUUGUUCCCUUUUCAUCUAUUUAUUAGUAUUUUGUUCCAUACAUACCGGGGAAGGGUGUUUGGUCUUUUGCUUUAUCGUGGAAACAUUGCUGAGAUUUAGGGCAACCUUGUCUCUGUUGCAGCAGAUGGGGGAAAAUAGCGUGUUUUCUUUAUCACACUGUGCCUAUACUCUCCCGUCUAGGAUUUUGAACCCCAGUCUCCCGGCCCCCGUGUGACAGGAGGGGAUACUGACCAUUAUACUAAUGAGGAGCUCAGGCUUGCAAGUCCACAGCUCCGCCUCUAAAAACACUCCUUCUGUAAGGCAAUCUGUGAAAUUAUAUUGGCACCCACAUUCUGCCUAGGCAAGCGUGCUAUUCACAGCAUUUACACAAUGGAGACCUGGCUCUCAAUUCCUCCUCUCCCUCCUCCAGACUGUAGAAGAGAAGUGGGGGAAGGGAUGAUGGAAUGUCUCCUCCCCUCCUUUCCCCCUGUUUUACCCAGUGGGAGAGAAGUAGGGGAUGUCUGGGGAGGAGUGUUAGCUCACUCCUCCAGGGGAAGGCCUGGCUGAAUGGCGUGAUGUGAGGGUGAAAAGGCAUGUGGGGAGUUGAACAAACCUAGAAUUUCUCUGAGGCUGGCAAGUUGAAAUGGGCACGCAACACACAGGAAGCUCAUUACACACACAUUCCAUGUUGGGAUGGCCCUAUGCUAUAGACGGUGUCUCACAAAGGAUCCUCUUCCUUUGGGUUGCUUUUACAGUGCCUUGCAAAAGUAUUCAUCCCCCUUGGCGUUUUUCCUAUUUUGUUGCAUUACAACCUGUAAUUUAAAUUGAUUUUUAUUUGGAUUUCAUGUAAUGGGCAUACACAAAUAGUCCAAAUUGGUGAAGUGAAAUGAAAAAAAUGACUUGUUUAAAAAGAAAAUCUCAAAAAAAUAAAAAUCUGAAAAGUGAUGCAUGCAUUUGCUAUGAAGCCCAUAAAUAUGGUCUAGUGCAACCAAUUACCUUCAGAAGUCACAUAAUUAGUUAGAUUGCACACAGGUGGACUUUAUUUAAGUGUCAUAUGAUCUGUCACAUGAUCUCAGUAUACAUCUGUUCUGAAAGGCCCCAGAGUCUGUAACACCACUAAGCAAGGGGAACCACCAAGCAAGCGGCACCAUGAAGACCAAGGAGCUCUCCAAACAGGUCAGGGACAAAGUGGUGGAGAAGUACAGAUCAGGGUUGGGUUAUAAAAAAAUAUCAGAAACUUUGAACAUCCCACGUAGCACCAUUAAAUCCAUUAUUAGAAAAUGGAAAGAAUAUGGCACCACAACAAACCUGCCAAGAGAGGGCCGCCCAGCAAAACUCACAGACCAGGCAAGGAGGGAAUUAUUCAGAGAGGCAACAAAGAGACCAAAGAUAACCCUGAAGGAGCUGCAAAGCUCCACAGAGGAGAUUAGAGUAUCUGUCCAUAGGACCACUUUAAGCCGUACACUCAACAGCUGGGAUUUACGGAAGAGUGGCCAGAAAAAAGCCAUUGCUUAAAGACAAAAAUAAGCAAACACGUUUGGUAUUCGCCAAAAGGCAUGUGGGAGACUCCCCAAACAUGGAAGAAGGUACUCUGGUCAGAUGAGACUAAAAUUGAGCUUUUGGCCAUCAAGGAAAACGCUAUGUCUGGCACAAACCCAACACCUCUCAUCACCCGAGAACCUAUCCCCACAGUGAAGCAUGGUGGUGGCAGCAUCAUGCUGUGGGGAUGUUUUUCAUCGGCAGGGACUGGGGAACUGGUCAGAAUUGAAGGAAUGAUGGAUGGCGCUUAAUACAGGGAAAUUCUUGAGGGAAACCUGUUUCAGUCUUCCAGAGAUUUGAGACUGGGACGGAGGUUCACCUUCCAGCAGGACAAUGACCCUAAGCAUACUGCUAGAGCAACACUCGAGUGGUUUAAGGGGAAACAUUUAAAUGUCUUGGAAUGGCCUAGUCAAAGCACAGACCUCAAUCCAAUUGAGAAACUGUGUUACAACUUAAAGAUUGCUGUUCACCAGCGGAACCCAUCCAACUUGAAGGAGCUGGAGCAGUUUUGCCUUGAAGAAUGGGCAAAAAUCCCAGUGGCUAGAUGUGCCAAGCUUAAAGAGACAUACCCCAAGAGACUUGCUGUAAUUGCUGCAAAAAGUGGCUCUACAAAGAAUUGACUUUGGGGGGGGGGGGGUGAAUAGUUAUGCACGCUCAAGUUUACUGUGUUUUUUUGUCUUACUUCUUGUUUGUUUCACAAUAAAAAAAUAUGUUGCAUCUUCAAAGUGGUAGGCAUGUUGUGUAAAUCAAAUGAUACAACCUCCCAAAAAAUCCAUUUUAAUUCCAGGUUGGCAACAAAAUAGGAAAAAUGCCAAGGGGGUGAAUACUUUCGCAAGCCACUGUAGCUACUCUGCCACUAGCCCUAUCAUGCAACUAAGUGAACCCAGGGUUGACCCCUUAUUUACAGUGCAUUCAGAAAGUUUUCAGACCCCUUGACAUUUUCCGAAUGUUAUGUUACAGCCUUUAUUCUAAAAUGUUUUUUAUUUUUUAUUAUCCUCAUCAAUCUACUACACACAAUACCACAUAAUGAUAAAGUGAAAACAGGUUUUUACAUUUUUUUGCAUGUUUAAUACAUUUAAAAAACAGAUACCUUAUUUGCUAUGAUACUCUAAAUUAAGCUCAGGUGCAUCCUGUUUCCAUUGCUCAUCCUUGACAUGUUUCUACAACUUGAUUGGAGUCCACUUGUGGUAAAUUCAAUUGAUUGGAUAUGAUUUGGAAAGGCACACACAUGUCUAUAAGGUCCCACAGUUGACAGUGCAUGUCAGAGCAAAAACCAAGUCAUGAGAUUGAAGGAAUUGUCUGUAAAGUUCUGAGACAGGAUUGUGUCCAGGCACAGAUCUGGGGAAGAGUACCAAAACAUUUCAGCAGCAUUGAAGGUCCCCAGGAACACAGUGGGCUCCAUCAUUCUUAAAAGGAAGACGUUUGGAACCACCAAGACACUUCCUAGAGCUGUCUGCCCCAGGCCAAACUGAGCAAUCCGGGGAGAAGGGUCUUGGCCAGGGAGGUGACCAAGAACCCAGAGUUCCUCUGUGGAUAUAGGAGAACUUUCCAGAAGGACAACCAUCUCUGCAGCACUCCACCAAUCAGGCCUUUAUGGUAGAGUGGCCAGAAGGAAGCCACUCCUCAUUAAAAGGCACAUGACAGCCUGCUUGCCAAAAGGCAGCUAAAGAGUCUCAGACCAUGAGAAACAAGGUUCUCUGGUCUGAUGAAACCAAGAUUUAAGUAUUUUGCCUGAAUGCAAAGCGUCAUGUCUGGAGGAAACCUGGCACCAUCCCUACGGUGAAGCACGUGGUGGCAUGGUGGGCGACUAGUCAGGAUUGCGGGAAAGAUGAAUGGAGAAAAGUACAGAUAUCCUUGAUGAAAACCCGCUCCAGAGCGCUCAAAACCUUAGAAUGGGGGAAAGGUUUUACCUUCCAACAGGACAACGACCCUAAGCACACAGCCAAGACAACGCAGGACUGCCUUCGGGACAAGUCUCUGAAUGUCCUUGAGUGGCCCAGCCAGAGCCCGGACUUGAACCCGAUCGAAUAUCUUUGGAGAGACCUGAAAAUAGCUGUGCACAGACUCACCCCAUCCAACAGACAGAGCUUGAGAGGAUCUGCAGAGAACAAUGGGAGAGACUCCCCAAAUACAGAUUUGCCAAGCUUGUAGCGUCAUACCCAAGAAGACUCGAGGCUGUAAUCGCUGCCAAAGGUGCUUCAACAAAGUACUGAGUAAAGGGUCUGAAUACUUAUGUAAAUGUGAUAUUUCAGUUUUAUAUUUUUUUAGACAUUUGCAAACUGUUUUUGCUUUGUCAUUAUAGGGUAUUGUGUGUAGAUUGAUGAGGGGGGGAAAACGAUUUAAUCCAUUUUAGAAUAAGGCUAACACGAAACAAAAUUAGGAAAAAAUCAAAGUGUCUGAAUAAUUAUGUAAAUAAGAUAUUUGUGUUUUUAAUUUUUUUAGACAUUUUCAAAACAUUCUAAAACAAAUGUCACUUCGUCAUUAUGGGGUAUUGUGUGUAGAUUGAGGGGAAACAAAUAUUUAAUCAAUUUUAGAAUCAGGCUGUAACAUAACAAAAUGUGGAGAAAGGGAAGUGGUCUGAAUACUUUCUGAAUGCACUGUAUAAUAGAUGAUGAAUUGUUUACUGGCCUGCUGAGACGUAUUCAAGAAGUGGGCCAGGAGUUGCAAUGAUUCAUGAACAGUUUCAAUGUGUUUGAAAUCUAUCUAUGUAAACCUGUAAUGUAUAGAUAAUGGUUCAUAUAAAUUAAAGUAAUGGGCUCCUGUUGUACAGGUAGACCAGGUUGUUUACAAGUAUAAAUUAAUGAUAAAGAAAUUGGCAUCACAAGGACUGGACAAUAUGUGUGUGAAUUUAUGUGUUUAGAAAAUGGGAGAUCUUUUUAUACAUAAAAAAUGUAACUGCUAUUUGCUUUCUAAAUUAGUGUUUGUGUAUUAACUAAUUUCAUUGGCAAUAAAUCUUUGACAGAAAAAGUCCA